AUGGAGUACGAACAUAUCUUAACUGAUAUUUAUAGUUCAACUAGUUUAAAACUACAACAAUUUAAUUCAAAUGGAGAGGGUUUUGAUGCUUAUGUAAGAGAUAAAAAACCAUCAGAUCUUGAUGAAGAGAAUAGUGCGUGGUGUGAUAACUUUGACAAGGUUAAAGAAAGAAAACGAGAAGACUUUAGAACAAGCGAUACACAGUGCAAUGCUACCAUUGGUAUCGUUUUAAAAAAAGUAAACAGAAACGCAAUUAAAAAUGACGAGUUGUUGAAAAUUGGAUUUAAUGUUUGCAUCAAUAUUAAAUUUAUUCACUUCCAUCGUGUUAAUGUUGCCGAAGCUUAUAGCUACCACAGGUUUGCUCCAAAUAUUCGUGAAACAUUUUUCCAAUAUUUUGAUGAAGGUAUGACCAGUGCUAGCGCAAGAAACUACCAUAAGCUCUUAAUAGAAAAUUCUUAGGACGCCGAAGAACCAAAACGCGCAGUGGCUUUAGUAUUAGCAAACGCUCAGUCAAAUCCAACAGAACGACAAAUCAGGCAU